AUGGCUCCGCCACGACGUAAGCUUCAGGCAACAGUCCAGGAGACUCUCACCCCACCAGACAGCAUCAGCUCGAACCAGACGCUCGCUCGCCUUGCCAGUGCCAAAGGCAAGAACCUGUACGAAGUCGAGACGCCGGCCUCUAAGACGCUACUCGUCGAGCUCGAUGCUAGAUUCCGGUCCACCAUAUGGCUGAAACGAGGUAGUUAUGUUCUCGUUGAUAUAGGCAGUUUAGCCGACCGCGACAACAAGAUCGAUGGCGAGAUCGUGAACGUGGUCCGGGAUGAGAAGGCAUGGCGGAAGGCACCAUAUUGGCCAAAGGAGUUCUCCAAGAGGCCUGCAGCUACCGAGAGCGACGACGACGAAUCCACCGUCGGCAAGAUGCCCCCGACAGAUGAAGACGAGUGA